CUACUUCUCAGGUUUGUUUUUGCACAAAUCCAGUUUGGCUUGUGAAAACAAGAAUGCAGCUUCAGAGUCCUCUUCAUCAAGCUCAACCUUUUUCUGGGCUAUAUGAUGCCUUCAGAACCAUUUUGAGAGAGGAAGGUUUUGCUGCUCUUUAUAAAGGGAUUGUUCCUGGCCUUAUGCUUGUAAGCUGUUAGAUUUUAGUUUAAUUUUCUUUUAACUGUUUGCUGUGUGGAUCUUAUUGCAUUAGUUUAAUUGGUCUUGUUAGGCAUCUCAUCUCCCAUUUUUUGUACUUUGGCCCUGUUAAUAAUAUCUUCUGUUACCUGUAAAAAUUUAUCUGUAUUUGUGUGUCAGUGUGAGAAACACAUAUAUUAGUUAGUUUUAAAAUUUCAUGUCUUCCAUUCAUUAUACUGCAAUUUUGUUUAAUCAAACAUGGGCAUUACUCUAAAGUUUAAUCGAGAUUCACCAUUAUCCCAAACUGAACUACUGUUCAUUUGUCCUUUUCUCUCUUUGAGGAUUCAUUAUGGAGUGGGAAAGAGUUCGUACGUUUGUCAUAAAAAGACAUUCUGUUUACACUAUUUCAUGGGAACAAUUCAUAGAUGUGUUUUGUUGCUACAGCAGGUUUCUCAUGGUGCCAUUCAAUUUACAGUCUAUGAAGAACUCCGUAAAGUUAUUGCCAACUCAAGGUCUAAAGGGACCAGAGUCGAUGCUCAAAGUUCAGGGGAAUUACUGAAUUCCGGUGAUUAUGCUGUUCUUGGAGGAACUUCUAAAAUUGCUGCCAUGCUUUUGACAUACCCAUUUCAAGUUAUUCGAGCUCGGUUGCUACAGUUCAGGAAGAGGAAUGUCAAGCCCUUGCUGCAUUUGGUGCCUGUUUCCAAUAUUAAUAAUUGUUUGAAGAAGCAUUUUCGAGACCUUUAAAAUGUCGUGAUCUUUGAAUUUAUAUAAUUCUGUUUGGUUGCAGUUAAUUUUACAAGCGUGUUUUCAUUGUUGGUGGAAUCAGACUUGAAUAAUAUGGGAUUUAUGUGCUUUAAGAUAUGAAUGGGAUUUAUUGUUGCUUUAAGAUA